AUGGCUGAAGUGAUCGGCACCAUCUCUGCGGUCAUUUCGGUCAUUGAAGCUUCCAUCAAAGCCUAUGAUAGUGCUAAGAAGGAUGCCAAAUUACCUGAAAUGUUCGAAACGGUUAGACGACGGCUGCCUAUCAUUCUCAACACCCUUGCUAUAUGCCAAAACAAUCUCGAACCGCGAAAACACUCGAUUCCCAGAAACGUUUGUGAAGCUUUGAAUGCGACUCUUGUCAUUUGCCGAACAAGAGCAAAGGACUUGGAGAAAAUCUUUCAGAAAAUCGUACCCGGUGAAAGCGAUACAGGAGAACAGCGAUGUUUGAAAGUCCUCCGUAGACUUGGCAAAGGGAACAAAGUCGAAGAGCUCAUGUUGGGCCUUGCUGAAGAAGUUCAGCUCGUAAUCAAUCACGAUGCGGUCAAGUCUGCCAAUCAGGCCCAAAAUGCUGAUCUUGAAGGUAUCAGGAAUGAGAUGAAGUCUUUCAUUUCUAGAUCAGACGACGAGAUCUCCACAAUGAAUGUCAAUACUGGAAAUGGAGCACAGACAAAUAAUGUCCAACGCAGCAGUGGGAAUUCGUAUACAGUCAAUGGUGAUGGAAGGCAGUAUUUUGGUCAAAUCCAAAAUUUCGUCAUCGAAGAGAAAGAAGACUUUAGUUUUCAUAAACCCGUUGGUAUUUGUCUCAGCCGAGCGCCUUAUAUCGCUCCAGAACUCUUCGUCGGCCGCGACAUCGAGCUAGAUAGAAUUGCAGAAAUGUUACACCCUGUCCACGGACCGCAGAUGCAACAACGUCUAGCCCUCGGUGGAAUGGGUGGUAUCGGCAAGACACGGCUUGCCAUCGCUUAUGCACAGUCUCGACGUGGAUCUUAUAGCUCGGUAUUUUGGCUGAAUGCAGCGUCCGAGGUUGCACUGAAAGAAAGCUUUCAGUUUAUCGCUAGUCUUAUCUUUGACCUUCGAGACCCUCGGCUCUUGGAGAGUAAACAUAUCAUUGGACGUGUACAUCAGUGGCUGACUCAUUCCGAGAAUACCAAUUGGCUAUUACUCUUUGACAACUAUGACGACCCCGAACAAUUUGAGAUCAGCGAUUAUUACCCACACACUACAAGUCAUGGGACUAUCCUCAUUACCACUAGGUGCCCGGAUCGCAUUGGCGGAAAAAUCUUGCAUAUAAAGGAGUUGCAGGAGAUCGAAGAUAGCCUAGAAGUCUUACAGACCCGAUCAAAAAGAGAGAAUGUCCAAUCAGAUCCUCACGCUAAACGUCUCGCAAAGCGACUUGGUGGUCUCCCGCUUGCUUUGGCAACUGCUGGGACCUAUCUUCGCCAAAGUGAUCUUAGUUUCAAAGUUUACCUUGAAGAAUACGAGAAACGCUGGAAGGUUGAUGGUCGUCGCCCCAUCAACCUGCAAGAGUAUCGUGAACGUACACUUUACACGACCUGGGAUCUGUCAUACGCUCGCCUAGAAAUCGACGACCCGGACGCGGCAAAACUUCUCAAAUUGUUGGCUUAUUUCGGAAACCAGAGCCUUUGGUACGAUCUUUUCCACGGCGGGCUUACCGAAGGGUCUCCCGCUUGGCUUCGUAAACUAGCUACAGACAAUUCUGUAUUUAGUGAUGUGAUGAGAACUCUGACCGUGUACUACUUCCUCGAAUUCCACGUGGCGUCAAAAACAUGGAGCAUGCAUAACUGUAUGCACGACUGGAUAUUGGCCGAACUCAACAAAGAUGUUGAUGUUAGGUAUUACUGGUAUGCUUUUGGUUGCGUUCAUGCUACGAUUAGGGGGGUUGAAAGGGAUUAUCUUGGUCAUCUCAAAUUCUCCCGCUUGGCUACUCAUGCAACACGGCUAUCACACCAGCGCUUCAUGGAAAUGGACGUUACUGAUGAUUGUUCCAUCGAUCAACUCGAAGAGUUAUCACGUGUUUGUGCAUUACUUGAAGCCCAAAUUCAGCUUGCUGCUGCCGAGAAAAUGUACACGCGGGCGCUUACUGGGUGCGAGAAAGCGCUGGGACCGAAUCACACUUCAACCUUUAACGCUAUUGGUAAUCUCGGCAAUCUGUAUAGCAACCAAGGCAAGCUAGGUCAGGCCGAGCAGAUGUACACGCGGGCGCUCACUAGGUACGAGAAAGCGCUGGGCUCGGAACACACUUCAACCCUUCUCACCCUUAAUAAUCUCGGGCUUGUGUAUAGCAACCAAGGCAAGCUUGCUGCUGCCGAGCAGAUGUACACGCGGGCGCUCACUGGGUACGAGAAAGCGCUGGGAUCGGAACACACUUCAACCCUUCGCACUGUUAAUAACCUCGGUAAUCUGUAUAGCGAUCAAGGCAAGCUAGAACAGGCCGAGCAGAUGUAUACGCGGGCGCUCACUGGGUACGAGAAAGCGCUAGGACCGGAACAUAUUUCAACCCUUCGCACCCUUAAUAAUCUCGGCAAUCUAUAUAGCGACCAAGGCAAGCUACAUCAGGCCCACCAGAUGUACACGCGGGCGCUUAUUGGGUACGAGAAAGUGCUAGGACCGGAACACACUUCCACCCUUAACGCUAUUGGCAAUCUCGGCAAUCUGUAUAGCGACCAAGGCAAGCUAGAUCAGGCCGAGAAGAUGUACAUGCGGGCGCUCAAUGGGUACGAGAAAGCGCUAGGACCGGAACACACUUCAACCCUUCGCACUGUUAAUAAUCUCGGGCUUUUGUACACCGACCAAGAUAAGCUAGAUCAGGCCGAGCAGAUGUGCACGCGGGCGCUCACUGGGUACGAGAAAGCACUAGGGCCAGAACAUACUUCAACCCUUCUCACCGUUAAUAAUCUCGGACUUUUGUACAGCUACCAAGGCAAGCUUGCUGCUGCCGAGCAGAUGUACAUACGGGCACUUACUGGGUACGAGAAAGCGCUGGGACCGAAUCACACUUCAACCCUUAACGCCAUUGGUAAUCUCGGCAAUUUAUAUAGCAACCAAGGUAAGCUUACUGCUGCCGAGCAGAUGUAUACGCGGGCGCUCACUGGGUACGAGAAAGCGCUGGGGCCAGAACAUACUUCAACCCUUCUCACCCUUAACAAUCUCGGGCUUUUGUAUAGCAACCAAGGCAAGGUUGCUGCUUCCGAGCAGAUGUACAUGCGGGCGCUUAUUGGGUACGAGAAAGCGUUAGGACCGAAACACACUUCAACCCUUCGCACUGUCAACAAUCUUGGGAAUCUCUAUAUCAGCCAAGGCAAAUUAACCGAGGCAGCGCAGUUCAUUUGGCGGGCAGCAACUGUGAAAUGA